CCUAAAAGGGGGUCAGACAGGAGCAGUUCGGCAGACAUCUGGGAAGGGCCCAGCUCCGAGGGCCAUGAAGAGCUUUCCCCUGGUUCCUCCCAUUCUCCUGGCCUUCCUCCUGAGCGUCCACACAUAUGUCCUACGAGACAGUGACACGGAUAAAUCAUGCUGUUUCCAGUACAGCCAUAAGAUGAUCCCCUGGAACUGGGUGCAAGCCUACCAGUUCACCCAGAUCAGCUGCCCCCAGCAGGGCGUGAUAUUCACCACCAAAAUAGGUGAGAGAGUCUGCGUCCAACCGAAGGAAAAAUGGGUGCAGAGAUACAUUUCUCUGUUGGAAGCUCAGAAAUAAUCGUGACUCUGCUGAGUUUCCAGUCCAGGGACGCCUGGACCCUGCUCUUGGCCCUGUUCCCCUUGGUGGAGCUGGGGCAAUC